AUGAUUGACGUGUCAAGUUUGCACCAGGAAUGGAAUGUCACUUUCACAGUCUUCUUCAGUUCACGUGAAAACAAGGACUACCACCAUAGACUGAUUUGUGUGACAGGGAGGGAAAUGAUUGAGAUUCCGGUCCGGGCCAUUGGGCUACGUGGCAUUCUUGACUUUCCGGACAAGAUUAACUUGCCUGUUUGUCCUGUGAAAGCUUCAACUUAGAAAACUCACUUUGUUUUCAACAUAGGAAACAGCAACGCCGAGUUCAGGCUUCAUAGGGAGAGACCUUUUUCAGUGACAUUUACCUACAUCAUGAGUCUGGGACUUGAUGUAGGUAAGGGCAUGCAAGUGACUGUGGUUUUCCACCCAAUGAAUAUAAGAGACCAUAGGCAGGAUCUACAACUGCACCACAACAUCAGAGAAGAUGUGUACAUUAGCCUGCAUGGGUUUUGUGAGGAACUGAACAUCCAUCUUGAACCUGAUUUUAUUUGGUUGGAUAAGACUUAUACCUCACUGUCCUGUACAUGCACAGUGUCCCUCGCCAACAGGAACAAUAUCCCUCUUCAGUACCGCUGGACUGUGCGGUUCAGCCAGCAAGAGGAGGACCUAAACUUACUGAGGGAAGGCUCAGUGCUUGAGCAGGAGGCAGAAGGAGAGCGGGAGCACUUGCUUUUUCCAUUUCCCUGGACAGAUGGAGAGAGGACACAGAUGAAAGACAGAGGCAGAGAGGAUGAAAGUGUCAUGGCGACACUGUACUUCAACACUGUUGGAACACACAGGCCGGUGCUAGUAGUGGAUGUUGACGGCGUCGGGGAGGAAAUGCUGUCUUUGCCUAUGAAGGCUAGGUGUGUUGUGCCUGAGAUUGUGGUGGAUACUCCAGUGCCACUCCUCAAUUACCCCUAUAAACAGAAAGUGCGGUUGACCAACUCUAGCAAUUUGCCCGCCUGCUACGGCAUGCUUGAUCAGGAAAAUGAGGAGAAUCCAUCACUGCUUUUAAACAGUUCUGCACCUAGAAGACUGAUUCAUCCCGGCAGCUCAGAGAAGCUUUCUGUGUGUCUCCCAGCUAAGACUGUUGGAAAGCUCCGCAGCACUCUAUGAAUUGCUGUGUUCACCUAUUCCAGUUUCACAACCAAUUUUAAAAGCGUGAAGAAUCUGCCUUGUGGUGAGACACAGAUUUUCACAGUUUAUUUAGACCCUCAAGGAGCCAAGCUGAGUGUCCUCCCAAUCCAGGUUGCAGAUGGCCCAGUGUGUACAUACAAAAGACAGGUAGUGGUGCGUAUGGCUGAGAGCACCCAGCAUGUGUUCAUCACAGGUCAGGUUCAGAGUGAGGCUCCACAUCUCGAGUUCUGGCCAUCGGUGCUGGAGCUCAGACCUUGCCUCCCUGCCAGCACUGAGGAUGAACCUGAGGUUACCGCCAGAAACCCCUGUUCUUUCCCCACUGAGUUUUACUCCCUGGAGUUCACACACACAGUACCUCCAGGAAGAAGAGAUAAGAGCAGCACAACAGCUGCUAUGGCAUGUCAGUAUGGAGCAGUGUGCCUUAGUGUUGAUGCUGUGGCUGCAGAUGUGCCGCUAAAUGGCACUUCACCAGUUAGCCUGACUGCCAGACAACUAUUUGACUCUGCUGCUGUGGAGUAUGCUCAAAAGAAUGCUGACAUCCCUGCACAAAUAUUGGCUGCUGGCCCACAGAAAGAGUGGGUCAUCCUCAUUUUCGUCAAGAUUCAGCAACCAGCAUUUGAGUGUGGCAAGGACAACACAGACACAGCAGCCAUGGCAAGUUCUCGAAACAGAUACAUGAUCACGCCUGCAUGUGACAACAACUUUGGUCCACUGAUCUACGGCACCAAGAAAACCCAAAGCUUCACCAUGGAAUACCAUGGAGACUUCAAGACUUCUUUCACCAAGGUACCUUUGGACUGUUACCUGUGUGUUGGCACAGUGUUAGACAUGGCCUCCAUCUUUGAGGAAAACCAUCUGUGCCCCAGCAGUAGCCAGCUUUCCUCUGAGCAGUUUUGCAAUGUUGAAUCCAUCUUUGUACAAGAUGAAAACAAAUUUAUCUUCAACAAUAUUCAAACCAGCCAAGCUCGCUUCAAACUCGCCAACAGCAGCAAGUUUCCCUGUGUGCUCAUCUUAAGAGAUUUCACAGGUCUUUCCUCCCCACGACAAAUCGAGGUGUGUGAUAUGCCUACAACAACACUGAGCUUUCCCAGCCAGUGGUACGCCUUUGCUGUUGCUACCUUCACACCUCAAACACAGCACUCACACAGUGCUGUGUUUGAGGCCCAAGUGGAGGAAAGUAGCAGAAUGACACCCACCAUUAGGAACAAGGUGCUGCAGUUUGAGCUUCUAGGAUAAGGCACCAGUGUUUGUGCGGUACGGCCAGCUCUGAAGAACACUGAAGGAGGCCCAGUGUUGCACUUCAGGCUGGUACUUGUUGGGUGUAGACAUACACUGUCUCUGGUGCUGUUAAACAAUGGAAAUGUGCCAGGUGAGGUCCAGAUUGACAUGCUGGAUAAACAUGGUGUGUUCAACCUCAAAGCUGGUCUUGGGAGUAAUAACAUCUCCAUUAACUCCACACAGCUUCCCUCAGCGCAUAAUGUGGUGCAAAGAGCCAACCUGACGCUGAAUGUUAAUGAACAGGUGGAGUUCCAGAUCACCUUCUGCUCUGACAGACACCUGAGUGUCAAGGUGAAAAUUUCACUGCAAGUGAAGGACAACCAGCAGAGCGAUACCACAAUACAAGUGAGACGAGACACUUAUCAGGAAAUCGUCUCUCUGGAAAACAUCAGCAGGUCAUGGAUCAGAAAGAUGAUGAAGAAGGGAUCUGCCUUUUUUGCCUUUCCCGAUGGGACAGGCGUGCUGUACACCUUGCAAGGAGCUGCCGAUCCUCCUGUGGCAGAGAACACUAUUGUGCAUGACCUACCUGCUAAAACUCACCACACAGUGUUGCUCCCUGUGCACAACUGGCUCUCUAGGCAACAGGGGUUCCUUGUACGUCUAGAGACAGUGAAGCCUGACAAGCCAGAUGCUACAGUGUCCCUCAAGGAAAUCAAGUUUAUUGAUGUCCCUGCCCAUGCUAAGAGGGACUACGAGACUUUUUUUUUGUUUUUGUUUUUGUUUUUUUUAACAUACACAGAGCGACAGUAUAACACCAAGGUGACAUUCAUUAAUGAUGAGACAGGUGAGUAUUUGUUCUACCUCGUUAUCUUCAAGGCAACAUCUCCAGGAGUCCUGUCGACCAACAAGCUGGGGACACCUGUUCGUCAGGUGCCCUUGGCCACUAUUGAAGUAGAGAACCCUCUGACCCAGACAGCCUGUCUUACUACUGAGUGCAAAUGUCGUGGCAUCAUCGUCCAACUUCAGCCCAGUGUGCCAGGACAGUCCAAGGUUUUUUUGACUGUUCAUUACAUGCCUCUGCAUCCAGGUGAGUCUACUGCCCGUCUAACUUUGUUCAGCAAUGAGCUGGGCAACUGACUCAGAGCUCUGCCCCCACCACCAGAGCAAUCUGUAGACUUCAACUUGGGCAGCAGCCAGUCUGUCACUGUAAUGUUUAACAACUACUCACGCUUCACAACCGAGUACUGCUGCAAGACUGACCGUCCGGCCUUUAUUGUAGACAAGAAUGCCAGCGCAUUACCAGUUUUCCCUUCAGGCUCAAAGGCCAGCAUGGAGGUCUGUUUCGAGCCUUAUCAGCUGGGGUAAAUGAGAGGCCAGCUAAGGCUGUCUUCAGUAAUUGGUGGUGAAUACAUCUUUCCCCUACAAGGGUUCUGUCUCCCACCCAAACCUCAAAGCCCGUUCAGCAUCAAAGCCACUGGGAACGUCAUUAUCCCCUUCAAGAAUGUGUUCCUGCAGACCACCAUGUUCUCUCUUCUGGUUGACAACUCCCAUUUGACUGUCAAAAGAGAUCGAAAAUCCUCUGAUCCACCCAUUGCCACACAUGACUGGUGGCCCACACCUCCUGUUGUCACUGUGGAAGGAAUAAACUGCCACGAUCUCCAGUCAGAUUCAGAUACUUCAAAGUGA